UGGCACUCUGAACUCAGAACCCAUCACCAAAAAUCCCCACUUUUUUGUAUCAAUAUAUAUCAUUAAAACUAGCUAAAACCAAUUAUAUAUAUAUAUAAAGCUCCAAAUAUUCUUUACGUAUAGUCACCAUAAUCUUUGAUUAGAUCCUUAAUCGUUUCAAGGUACGUAGAACCAUACGUUCUCUGGAGUUGCCAUGGGCGCCGGCAAGGAUAAAGCGGAGGCCGGAGAAAACCUGCAUAUCAGAAUCUCGCCGGAGAAGAUGAGAAGAUUGCCCUGCUUGGCAUGGGAGAAGAUCUCCAAAGCCGGCCGAGAAGACCCCAGACGGGUGAUUCAUUCACUCAAAGUCGGCUUGUCUCUGACAUUGGUUUCUUUGUUGUAUCUCGUGGAGCCAUUGUACAGAGGCAUCGGACAGAACGCUAUCUGGGCCGUCAUGACUGUCGUCGUCGUCCUCGAAUUCACUGCCGGAGCGACCUUAUGCAAAGGAUUGAAUCGGGGGCUCGGAACACUGCUGGCCGGAUCACUAGCGCUUCUAAUCGAGUACAUUGCGCAAAAAACCGGCCGCGUUUUCCAAGCCAUAUUCAUCGGCGCCGCAGUUUUCUUCAUUGGAACUGCAUCGACAUAUACGAGGUUUUUCCCAUACAUUAAGAAGAAUUACGACUAUGGAGUAGUGAUAUUUCUGCUGACAUUCAAUUUGAUAACGGUGUCGAGCUACCGGGUGGAGAAUGUGCUGCAUAUAGCUCAUGAGCGGGUUUACACCAUCGCCGUUGGGUGUAGCAUCUGCCUGUUGAUGAGUCUACUGUUUUUUCCCAACUGGUCCGGAGAAGACCUCCAUAACUCCACUGUUUUCAAGCUUGAAGGAUUAGCCAGGUCCAUUGAAGCUUGUGUGAAUGAGUACUUUAAAGAGGAGGAGACAGAAGCCAAGAAAUUAGACGAGGACGAAUCCACAGAAGAUCCCAUUUACAUGGGUUACAAGGCCGUUCUCGACUCCAAAUCUUCCGACGAGACUCUGGCACUGCAUGCAAGCUGGGAGCCAAGGCACUCGAGGCACUGCCGGUUUCCAUGGCAGCAGUACGUCAAACUGGGCGGCGCUCUUCGCCAUUUCGGCUACACUCUUGUCGCUCUUCACGGCUGUUUGCAGACUGAGAUUCAGACACCAAGAACAGUUCGCGCUCUUUUCAAAGAUCCAUGCAUCCGGCUGGCAGCAGAAGUAUCCAAGGCACUAAAGGAGAUCGCCCACAGCCUCCGGAUGCGCCGCCAUUGCUCGCCGGAGAUCCUCUCCGACCACCUCCACGAAGCACUCCAAGACCUCAACACCGCCCUCAAGUCCCAGCCCCGCCUCUUCCUCGGCCCAAACACCAACAAGGCCACCAACAACAUGCUGGCCCUCGCCGCUUCCACCGCUCGUCAGAAGCCGGAAAAAGCCUCAGCCGGAGUCUCCCUAUCCAGCGUAAAAACCGACUCGUCGGCCCUGAUGGAGUGGAAGACCUCCAAAACUAGGGUUUCUGAAAGAUCCAAGGAGGCCGAGAGGAAGGUGCUGAGGCCGACGCUGAGCAAGAUAGCGAUGAUAACGAUGAGCCUGGAGUUUUCGGAGGCGCUGCCGUUCGCGGCGUUUGCGUCGUUGCUGGUGGAGACGGUGGCGAGGCUGGAUCUGGUAAUAGAGGAAGUGGAAGAGCUGGGGAGGAUGGCCAGCUUCAAGGAGUACAAGGCUUGCUGCUGCGAUGGUGAUGAAGUGGUGGUGGACGUGGAUUGCCAGAGGAGGCCCCCUAAAAUGGAGGGAUCGAUUGAUAAGUUGCAGAACAAUUUGCCUUCUCAUGGAGUAGACUAGACUAGAUUACUUAAGUAGUCACUGGAUUAUUCUUAUUAUUCUAUCUAUAUUUAUAUAUAUGUAAUUGUGGGGAGAUAUACAAUUCUGGAUUAUUAUUGACAUAUCCAUCUGUGCUGUUUAAUUAGUUCUG